GAGGAGGCGGCCGCCGAGGGGCGUGGGGGCGCCCUGAUUGGCCACGGCGGCCAACCUUCCGGGGCCCGCAAAGCUGGAGUCUCGGCGAGCGCCCCGGCCAUGGGCGAUUUUAAUCCAACACCUUGACGAGGAGCGUAAAAAAAGACAAAUUGCCAAUCCAUCCCCCAUGUCGGAAGACGCAGCGAGGGCGGCCGCCAGAUGAUGAACUCGUACUUCGAGCAGAGCGGCUUCUACAACGGCCAGGGGGGCAGCGCGGCGGAACAGGCCUACCGGUUCCCGCAGGGCCUGCUCGUGCCGCCGUACCCGCAGUCCACGGCCGCUGCGGCCGCCGCCGCCGCCGCGGUCGCGGCCCGCGCCGCGUCUUCGCACGACGCCGCGGCCGCCGGAACACCCGCCUCGUACGACGCCGCCGCCGGAUCGGCGGCUGCCGCAGCCGCGGCAGCGGCAGCCUGCAAGCUGUACCCGAGCGACGCUGGCGGCGCCUUCAAGACCGAGUGCCUGGUCAAGGACCAGAACGGCUUCGGCAGCGCCGUCAAGGACAUGGCCGCCUCGUGGCCCUCCAGUUCGCUGUCGCGAGCCGCCACCGAUCCGAUGAGGCCCUUCGACGCGUCGGCCGCGGCGCCCAGGGUCUCGGACGCCUGGACCUCCUGCUGCCAGAGCACCACCGCCGCCGCGGCCGCCGUCGCGCAGGCGCCCACCAACGCCUUCUACCCGUGGAUGGCAAUCGCAGGGCUGAACAGCUACAUCGCACGUGCCAGUGGGUUGCGUCGCCGAGGCCGCCAGACCUACACCCGCUACCAGACCUUGGAGCUGGAGAAAGAGUUCCACACCAACCACUACCUGACACGGCGGCGGAGGAUUGAGAUGGCGCACGCGCUUUGCCUCACCGAGCGCCAGAUCAAGAUCUGGUUCCAGAACCGCCGCAUGAAGCUCAAGAAGGAGAUCCAGGCCAUCAAGGAACUCAACGAGCAGGAACGCCAGGCCCAGGCAGCCAAGGCGCAGCAGGCGGCGGCUGCGCAGGCUUCGGGCGACGCCGGCAAAACGUAAGAUCCGACCGGUCUCGCCACGGUCUCUCCGGGCCGCUAUAUUCCUGGAGGGAGGAACGAGACACAACCCCUUUGUAGACAGGCGGCCCCGUACUACUACUACUACUACUACUACUCCACUACACUCCCACCGCGGCAGCGGCAGCUGGGCGAACGCGCUCCUCGCGAAAGCCCCUUUGGCUGCGAUCGCCUCCCCCCCCCUUCCCCCUCCAUCCACUGGUUCUCCAUAUACGUAUUACUGUAUUACACAGGCUCCCGCGUGCACGCAAUGCGCCGCCAGGCCAGCAAUGCGCACAUACAUGUCGCGCGGCACGGGCACUUGUGUGAGUGCGUGCCCGUGCCUGCUGGCCACCGCGCCGGCACGGGUAUUUGUCGGCGCUCUCUCAAAAAUGCGGCGAUAUAGCGCGUGCUCUCUUUUUCGCGAGUUGUCGUCCGUAAUUUAGCGGCGCGCUCAUCGGCCGGCGCACGUCCCUUUUCUGGGAGAGCUGUGAGAGACAGCAAAAAAAGAAAAAAAGAAACUAAGGAGCGCUGAAAGUGUCGUUGCCGCAGCGAGAUGGUUUAGACGGUGUUGUUCACUUCUUUCCUUUCUCGUGCGCGGUUAUUCUUUCUUUUCUUUUUUUUUCUUUGAACGGUGGUGCGCGUUACAUUUGAUGCGUCCAAACGCCAGUACGUUGGCAUCGGUGUGGACCGUGACGUCACGCUGCUGGCAUCCUCGGAGGACGAGUGCCGCUUCUAAACUUCGGAAGCGACCAUCCUCUUCCCUCGCAAGACUUUCACGGACUCUUCCGCAACGUUGUGUAGUUGCGGAACAUUCACCAAUGUGGAACAUUUGUGCAACCACGCCAAGAACACCCCCGCUCCCCCCCCCCCUUUUUUUUUCUUCUUAAUUUUUAUUUUUUUCUUCACCCUAUAACUUAGUUUCACAUGAUGUGUUUGUCGACGUGCACCUGCAUGGCUGCGUGUGUGUGUGCGUGUGUUUCGAGGCUUCACGAGUGGACAACCAGAGCAACGUGCACAGAACGAGCAGAGGCCAACCACGCGGAGCGAAGGGCGAAAAGCUGCUGUCCGCCCGGCGCCACCAACGUGUGGCAACUCGCGGAUGCUCUGAAACUGUGUUGUGACUCUUUGAUCUCUUCGGUUGUAUAGUGUCAAGGGUGACACGCGAUCACAGGAUUUAGGAUGUUUCAUUCCCGGCCAGUUUUUGCAGGAAGAAUUUACCUUUUUUCUUCGUAAAGACUGAAUGCUAGUGUUUAUUUUUUUCUCUCUCUCCUAAUUUCUUAAAGUUCGCUUGUGAAGCUUGAUGUGUCUUCGCCAUUUCUGAAAGCGGCAUCGAGAGUAGAAUGAAAAAGAGGCUUUGUUCUUUUUCACCUUAUUGCCACUAUUUGUUAAAGGACACGCGAGUGGACAGCGCAUUCACGGAGUGAUGUAGGAGGCGAUGGCAUUGAAAGUGCCGGUAAUAUUGUAAAUUCUGCACCAGUGAAGAGUAGGAAUGAACCAAGUCGAUAACAAUUCUGCUCUUUAGCGGCACAUUCUGAACUAACCGAUUACAAGCAGCAACUCUUCUUUGCUCUAUUUACUAUCUCAGCAAGGAUUUGAGUUUGUCGGUGAAAACCAUACUCUAACAGCGCUACGGAGCGAAAGUAAUGAACCGCAAGGACAAAGCACUUGGUUCCUCGCUGUCGUAGCAGCUCUGUCCUCCUGAUCUUUUUUUUUUGUGUGUGUGUAGUUUAUCGCUCUGUUAAAAUAUGCUCUUUACCAAAAUGUAUCAACCAGAGCGAUUGAGCAUGCUUGAAGCCUGUUGAUCUAGAGACUAAAACAUGUUAGCUAAGGACAAUGCGGCUAAACGUUUCUUGUGCGAUUUUCGAUUUGAGAAAUCCAAUGGCUUAGCCUCCUAUAGCCUCUAGAUUGCAUCUUCCUCUCGCGAGUUCUUGUGGACGUCGUCGUUGUCAUUAUACGUACUCGCAGUGAAAACUCCUGCCGCCGUGAUGUCAUCGAGUUCGGUGGCGACAUUGUGUGUUGAUGCAACCUUCUGGAUAUACGUAAAACAAUCUUCUACACUAAAUACCGAACAUACGUGCCCGUUGGAGAUAAUGUGACAGUGUACAGAGGGCGUAUUGCCUGUGCACUUGCGUAUUUACAUAAUGUUUAACCCGCAUAAAACGACACUUGAGUGCUUGAAAGUGGGAACCACAUUUCCUUGGAUAUACGUAUAGCCACAGCGAGCUUGUAAGGCUUGGCUGUGGCGCCUGAGAAUAUACGCGGACUGAAGGAGUGCGUUGCUUGUUGAAGGAAGCGUAUUCCGCAAACGAUACCCACCGAGUAGGCUCUUGGGUCAUAUGUCUGCUGUACAAACACACUGUGUAGAGAGAGAGAUAUUGCGCAUUUAAAUAACUCUCGUGUAAACAAGUUUCUAUGGUUCUAGACCUCUUGCAUCAGCUAGAACCGAAAAGAAAAGAAAAUUAGCUGGAAAUCAAGAAGUACUUGAUGCUAACGUAUGUUAGUCUUAUUCUACCAUCAGCCUGCCAAAAGCAACGAAGUUAAAUUGACGAGACUCAUUUGUAUGUGGCAAGCUGCGAAAUGCGUGAUAGCAGGCUUGGCGGGAUUAGGAAGUUUCUUUUUUUUUUUUUCCUGAAAUUCAACUAAGAAGCAGAGCGCCACGUCAGGCUCUGCAAACAAAAACAAGAUCUUGUCCCUGUUCAAUCAUUUUUUUUUUUCUGAGCGUUAAGAAAUGGUCAGUUUUCAGAGUCGUGAAGCGGAACAAGCCUUGUAGAUAUUCCUAACUGCUAAACUUGCAAAGAAAGUUCGCGUGGCCGUGUAAAACGCGACACCUUCGUGCACGUGUCUCAAGAACUUUCUGAUUUCUGAGGUAUCUCUGUACUUUUUCUGGCAUUGUGUGUUGUCUAGUGUAGUAUACUUGUUCUUUUUUCGGUGGCUCCGUCAUCUAUACAAAGACACACCUUGUGUACACGGACACUCUGAAGCACAUCAACAAACACCGCUCCUCAGACACUGCUCCUCGAAUUUGUCAACGUUAAGUCAUUUAGAAGUAAACAAAGCUGCAAGACGAGAAUGCCCGAAUCUGGGAAAGCGUUCGUGGGCGUACUCUAUUACCCUAAGCGGUGAGCUUUGUUUCCAUUCGCUUUCGCAGGCAUAAUUUCUCUUCCAUAAUGUGCUGGUCCUUAAGUGGAAGUAGGCUUUAUUCGCUGUAUUCUUGUCUCCUUUGAUAAGCAGAAUGGCUUAUUCAAGCAGCUGUAUAACGAUCUUUUUUUUGUUUGUCUGACUUUAGUAAAGUGUGCUAUUUGGUCUGUCCUAGCGUUAAUUAUAACAUCAUGACAGUUAUGUUUAAGCAAAUGGUUAUUGCACCAUUUCAGCUCUUUAUUAUGGUUACCUUUUCCUGUUACUAACCGUUAUUUAUUCGCGUAAAUUGGAAACAAAGGAAUGACAGGAACUUCGUGGAAACAAGCCAUCAAACAGCGUUCAUACAUUUGUGGUCACCAUAUACACAGCCAUGUGUUGAGAUCCUAUGAUUAGAGUUCCUUAUGCAGACUCACAAAUUGUUUUCUUUUUUUUUUUUGCGUGUCAUAAUUUAUGAGCAGUUAGUGUACCUACAUUUGCCAAGUUGUAACUUACUACGGUGGCAGUGAAUCGACACGGCGCUAGUCGCCAUUCGCAUUGUUGUGUGGCGCAUUUCACAUACUCUUUUGGAAGUCGCACUUCUAGCUGUAAGAUUUUCUUACUGCUGGCGACCACGCCAAGUCGCCUAUAUUCAUCUGUGUUACAAUUUGCCUAAGCAAAAUUGUCAUUUAAUUCAUCGUUGCCUGUUAUUAAUUUCACUAAAGCCAAAAGUACACUACGACACCCCAAAGCAGCUCCGUUUCCUUUGCAAUAUGAGACUUUGCGUUAAAUUGCGUCUGGCCGAUUGCUUUACAAAGAUCUUAGCGUUAUGCAUCUAUCGCCUGCUUCGGCGGCUUCAAAAGGUCUGAAAGGGACGUCGGAGACAAAGAACGCUUUCUGUCGCUUACGUUGUGGCCAACCUAGCGAUCUCUAAGCAUAUACGUACAUCAUAUACGUACACCGCUAUACGUACACGUACACUGUUCUUCCCAAGAUUUUGAUCCUUUGCCGGCGAAUCUGGGAAAGUUGAAAAUUAUACGUAUGUUCGCGAACAUUCCAUUGUAUUCUUUAUAUCUCGCGAAAGCCCCACAGAAAUUUUUUUUAGGAGUGCUUGUAACUACGAGCCUGGACAUUAAUGGUGAAAGAAUCUUUAUCAUGCGGGAAUAUUGUCAGCUGUAUUUUUUCACGCGUUCCGCCUAUAUAUGUUCCAGUGCACAUCUCUUGUCGCUCACGCGUAUUGAGACUGAAUUUGUUUGGCGUGGAUAUAUGGGCUUCGCCCAUUCCUUUCUUCUCGCCCGGCGACUAGCAACUACUAUUAAUUUAUGCCUUCUUUUAAAACACAGAAAUGAGCCAGGAAAAUCAUCGUGCUGGUAAAAGCUUGAAAUAAUUUUUGUGCUAUUUGUUUUCCUUCGCGAAUGAGGCGAAAAUAGCACGUAACAAAGCGCGAAACCUUGGGAAAGCGCCACCUAAUCGGAAGGGCAAAGAACGUCCAUGAAUUCUAAACCUUGGCAUGUCUAGGAAUUCUCGCUUCAUCUGUUCUAAGUACCAAGGACAACGUGUCUAUCUAGCCUUGUGAAUUUGAGGACGGAAUGAAGUCUGCGACAGGACAUCAAAACAUUACUCAAGUUUGCUGUUUGGCUUACAUUCAUACGUUUAUUUUUUAAGCCGGGUUGUAUAGCAAAAGCAAUGCUCAAAAUUACUCCUAUAGCUCAUGGUCUCCUAUAUAUAUAUAUAUAUAUAUAUAUAUAUAUAUAUAUAUAUAUAUAUAUAUAUAUUCAUCAGAUGCAAAACUGAACAUCCCAAUUUUAAUGGGAGUUGGCCUAAAUCUUUCCUCGUUGCUAUAUCAUGAGCGCCAUGAUGUUAUGCACUGGAACAUGCUGCAGUUCCUGAAGGGGUUGCAUAAAGGUAACAUGACGCCUCACUGAGAUUAAGUUGCGAACGUUUCCUGUUAAAGCCCAGGCAGGAUGUCCUAGAACGAGGUGCGCCUGCACUUUCACUUGCUCGCUCCUAUUUCCUCGCUCGUUCGAGUGAUCUCUCCUUAUCACUUUCUUUCCCUCAAAUUCUGUGUGCUUCCCCAUUAUCUUUUUCUUUUUUGUGUGUGUAUGCCACAGUGUUCCGAGUCGGCGUUUGAGUGCUUGUUUUUCACGUUUAUACAUACUUAAAAGGCCUCGAACAUUUCGAUUUCUCAUCGUUGGCGUAGCCAACGACGUACGUUGUGCUUGUUCUUUUGAGCGUGUUUGUUUAUUUUAUUUUUUUCUCUUUUGUCUGUUUGCAUUUUUGUGUUAGUCACAUAAGUGUGCGGAUCAUACGUGUAUGUAAUACCAGUAUACGUAGAGUGGGUAAAUCGUGAGAGAAAGGCAAAGGAAGACAGCCGCCUUUUCAAAUCGCCACUGCACAUUCGAGCCAGUUCAGGAAAGACGCGAGAAAACAAAAAUUCUAGCUCCAUAAGCGGCACACAACCAGUUGUGAUUGCUCAGUAUACGUAAACAGAAAAGAACGCUGUAUAAACUUAGCCGCAAGCCUAUUUUGAAAUUUAUAUACUGAUAUAUAUUUAUACACCUAGACGUAUUGUACAUCUAAAGUCACAUGUUCUUUUUUUUUUUUUUUUUCUCGAGAUACUUGUGGUGGCGCAGAAGCUGAACUUCCUGUGCAGCGUAUACGUAAGCGUCCGACUGAAAAAAAAUAUUUUGUGAGAGUCGUCUCCCUGAUGAUGCAUUUCUUUCUCGUGAGUUCUGCAAGUGUUUUACAAGCUUGUUUUCACCGCGGGUGUCUGUUUUUUCUUCAUGUACAGAGCCGGUGUUCAUACCGUUAGUGGCAUCUCUGUUGGCCUCAUUAUGAAUUGCGAUGUAAUUAUGCCAUGUCUUAUUUUUUUUCCUGUUAUCAUUUCCGUGAUGUGACGUGUGACUCGAUGAAAGAAAUACAAAUCUGGAUUACAUCACACUGAAA